AUGUAUUGUCAGAAGUGUCGGACACCGCUCAAGUUGGAUGGCUCACUGGAGUCGCUUAACCCGGCUGCUUUUGAGCUGCUCGUCAACUCUACGGGCAAGACACUCUCCGAUCAUGGCACUGCAUCAUCGCCACGAGCUUCCUACCCUGCAGACCAUCGGAAACACUACGAUAGGGCAUCUCAAAAUGCUACAACCCCGGUUUACAGGAGAUCUAUCCCUGCCCCACGGUCGGGGGACCAGCCUCAUCCUCCAGGGAUUCCACGAGCUGAGAGCGGGAAUAUGUCCUUCGUGAUGCUUACAGAGUCCCAGUUUGUGCCUCCACCCAUUGAAAGUGCCCUGCCAGCUCGGCCCAAGGGCAAGAGCACUCAGGGUCUAGGCCGUAAUCAAGAGGAUGGGUCAUUUGCCAACCAGGUCGAGAAAUCCAGCCGCCUGUUUGAGAUUGUCUCGUCACGUUCGGAUAUCGACCACCCCAUUUGCGUGGAAUGCACAGAUUUGCUAGUUGAGGCCUUGCAAAAACGACUGGCGGGUUCAACAAAGGAGCGCGACGCAUAUAUUUCGUUUCUUCGAAAUUUGAAUACGGCGAUUCCGACUACAGAAGAAUUCGAAGCGGCUGAGAAAUCCCUUCAAGAAAGCUUGGAAACCGAAAAAACAAUGUUGGCAGAAAUUGAAGCCUUGGAGCGAGAGAAGGCCAAAUUGGAUGAAGAGAUUGGCUCUUUGGAAGAGCAGUCGCAACAGUUGGAUGCAGACGAAGAGAGGUUCUGGCGCUCUCGGAAUGGCUUUGCCCUGACGCUGGGAGAGUUUCAAACUGAGCGGGAUGCAUUGAACAUGCGCUACGACCAUGACUCGCAGCAGUUGGAGCGCUUACAGCGGACGAACGUCUACAAUGACGCGUUUUGCAUCGGUCAUGAUGGAUAUUUUGGUACUAUCAACGGGCUGCGGCUGGGUCGGUUGGCUAAUCCCUCGGUUGAGUGGCCCGAGAUCAACGCUGCAUGGGGUCAAACCUGUUUACUCCUGGCUACCAUUGCAGAAAGGCUGGGCUUUCAGUUUCAAGGAUAUCGCCUUCGUCCACUGGGUUCCACUUCGCGGAUUGACAAAAUUGAGUACCCGGCACAAGCGUCCGGAACGGCUGUCAAUGAACGUGGCGCCCCCAAAGUCACUCCACUGGAUCUAUUUUCGUCUGGCGACCUUCCGCUGAAUCUGCCUUGGCUACAUCGUCGCUUUGAUAGCGGGAUGGUGGCGUUCCUAGACUGCCUACGCCAGCUUGGGCAAUUCGUUGCUACGACCCCUGUGCCAGUAGCAUCGGGCCGUCGCGGUCAGGCCAGCGGCGCCACUGCUACUGCGCCGGGAUUGAGGCUGCCCUACGAGAUUAAGAAGGACCGUAUUGGAGAUGCCAGUAUCAAGCUCGGAUUCAACCAGAACGACGAGACUUGGACUCGGGCUUGCAAGUAUACCCUCACGUGCUGCAAGUUCCUGCUCGCGCACGCUAGUAACGUCGCGAGUGCAGGCUCUAGUAACUCGGCGGCCGUUGCAGCAGCUGCCGUGGCAGCUGCUGAGCAGGGUCGGCAGACGUCUUCUUCUAGUCCUGCCAAGCCUCGAACAUGA